GUUCCCUUUGCUUUUCACGGUGGUUAAAAGAAAAUAAAAAAAUAAAACUUUCAAAACACCGAUUGUUGGAAAUGUUGGAAUAUUAAUUCAAGGAAUAUCUCUAAAUUCAUAGCGCUAAUUUAAUUUAUAAUCAGUAGUACAGAUUUUACUCCAUCAGGAUGGAGCUCUCAAAUUUGUUUCACUCUUUACCAUGGUAUAAACCAGACUGGUGCUACCCAAGUAUGAGUAAAGAGAAUUACGAACUGUUAAAACAAUGCAAUGAUUUGCCCAAAACUGAAUUCUCAGAUGACAUUGAAGAUAUCAUUAAUAGGAGCAAGAAUUUCUCAAUUCCAUUCCCGAUUGAAAGUGUCAGGUUAGAUAAACUGAAAAAACACCGACCCAUUGAUAGACUCAAGAGAAAUAUCUCAGGAACCUACCCAAUUAUACACGAGAGGAUCUUGAUGCUUAUGACGCACUUCCUAUUGUACAAACGUGAAUUUGGUAGUAGCAUAGAGAAAGCAUUUUACAAGGACAUGACGAUUCCGGAACUCAUAGACAGAUUGUUGCUGAAAAGAGCAGUCUCGUUCAUGGGUGAAUUAGACAGUUAUUUAUUGCUCAGUGGAGAAUCUGGUGAAGACGGAUGGGAAAACGUAGGGACACUGCAGCAACGUCCACCAUUGCUGCUGGAGAAUGUAUUGAGCUACGAUGAGAUGAAGCUAUCAGCGUUUCUUUUCGUCAGCGGACCAACUGAAUGUAUUAACGACGGCUCCAGACAUAACUCCGGUGUAGUUAAAGAUGACGACAUCGAACAAGAGGCAAUUAUUAUAGGCGCGAUCGGGCCGCGUUUCGAACGUACCAAUCGCAUGGACUACGAGGACAUCGUGAUAUCGAGCACACAGAACAGUGAGGAGCGCGGCUACGGCGAGCACGUGACGCCGACCACGUGUCUGCACGUGCUGCGACACACGUACACGCGCGACGCCAGCCUCGCCAAGCACGCCUGGAGGCAGCUGUGGGCCGAGCUGUACCAGGUGCACAGCUACACGUACGAGGAGCUGAGCGCGCGGCUCGCGGGGGCGGCCUCGGACCGCUACGUGAAGCUGCCGCGGGGGGGCGCCUGGUUCGACAACGAGGUCUACUACAAGCGGAUCUGCAUCCUCGCGGAGACCGUGCUGCUGGAGGCCGAGGGGCGGGCUCGAGGCCGGAGCGUGUUCCUCAACGUGGUGGGCUGCGGACUGGGAGUGUGGAAGAUAUCCCCUCACCAGACCGACGUGUACGUGCUCACCUUCCUCGAACGCAUCCGCGCCAUGCUGGACGAGGAGGCACUCGAUCACAUCACAGACGUCAACUUCGCCUACAUACGUGCUUCUGAUAAUGUCACUGCGUUAUUCACGAAAACAAAUGAAAUUGAAAAUUCAACGUCAACUGUCAAAAGUUUGUUUGUUGCCAAUAAAAAACACCCUAAAGGCGGCGUGAGCGUGCAGCUGGAGGACAGGGAGCCGGCGAGCAGGCUGCACGGGCGGCACCGGGGCAAGCUGCUCGUCCUCAUCUACCCCUGGGACGGGAACGCGCACCCGGGGAACGAGUUCUGGUUAGGUAGUUUGACGGGCUCGGGCGACCCGGCGGCCGCGUGCUCCACCCAGGUGGCGGAGCUGCACAACGCGCACGUGAACCCGCGCGUCGCCGCCGCCAACACGCGCGUCGCCGCGCACGCCGCCGUGCUGCCGCUGCGGGACUGCGCCGAGCGACCCUAGCGCCGUCCGCCGCGUCGUCCAUUGCGCCGCGUUCUCCGCUGCGCUGUCCAAUGCGUGCUCUGGUGGAUAAGCGGUAUUGAGGUAAUUAGGGUUUCGCUGAAACUAACGUCAGGUCUCCGUAGUAUUCGUAACAUGCAUGUAGAGAAGGCGUACCUUUAAACCGGCUCCACACGUUGGCCCCAACGUUGCUACCAACGUUGAGCGGCGGAAAUUAGGAAAUGUCCACACGUUGGCUGUUAUUGUAGUUCCCUUUCGUCAGAGCCAAUGCGAAUAUGCGCUUUUACAGUACCGAGUGUGUAUAAUUUUUAUUUGUUAUUGAAAAAAAAGAAAAAGCCACAUCAAAGGAGAUGGUGGAUAACAUCGUGACAAGCACACUAGACGCGUGUUGCAACAGGACUGAGCAAAUCGCCAACAUGUGGACGGAUCGCGAAUGUUGGCACCGAUUCCUUUGAGAAAACCAACACUCGACGGCCAACUACCAACGAUCUCCAAUGUUGGGGCCAAUGCUGGGACCAACGUGUAGAGCCGGCGGUAUUGGCGGAUGGUGAACGUAUUAACAUCUUCAUGAGUUCUGUGAUAUAUCUAGUAUUUUAAUGGUUUUAUUUUAUACAAUUAUCAUUAAUGAAAUAUAUAUAUACUGAUUGGUAAAAUAUAUAGUGUAGAAUAAAACGUGAAGAUUGACGUUUAGUUUUUAUCAUACGUCAUAUUUAUUUAGUACAUACAUUUCAAUAAUAAUAAUAAUGUCUCAACACGUUCGAGAACCAUUUCGAAUAAAUAGAAAUACAGCUUUAUUUCUGAAUUUUUUAGCUUAUUAAAUGCAUAAUUAAUUAUUCUUUUUAUCAUUAUCUGGUUGUUAUAAACCGUAUCUCGAAUAUUUUUAUAGCAGUAUCUCGAAUAUUUUUUAGUUUAAAUAGUUUUUAGAUCAACUUUCAGAUUUGUUCAUCGGGUAAAUCUUUAGUAAUGUCGUUCUUGACAAUAAUGUGGAAUCUGUUAACAAUGUGAGAUCAGGUGAAUAUUUUUAAUAAAAGUACAUGGUAUGCAAUGAAA